CCGCAACCUUCGCCCUAGGGCUUUGAUCAGACAAUAAAGGACAUAAAACGAGUCGCAAGUCAUUGAAAAGCGUCAAUUACCUGCAUUACCAUCACACAACAACGGUAAAGUAACAUUGAACGACCCUUUAGACCAAAGCAUACCUACCAUGUCUGAGAAAGCAACCGUCGUCAAGAACUUCCUGGAUGUGGUGAACAUGACAGAAGAUGAAUUAGCGGAAUGGCUGGAGACAGAAGAGUCAAACUCGACAGGCCAGCUCAAGCCUGGCCAGGCAGAGUCCAUCGGUCAUGAAUCAGGUCGGCAUUUGCUUGAGUUAAUGCGAUGCACAUACGGUUCCGAUCCAGACACCUACAACGACGAGCAAAUAGCCUUCAUGAGACGCGUGGUUAGCUAUUGUCGGCGACACCUAGCACAAUUUCCUCGGAAUAAGGCACUAGAAGAGAUCAGAGCAGGGAAAUGGUACUGGAGUCUAAAGAAUUGGGGCCACGAUGCAUUGAAAGAGUCAAACGACGAGGAUGAGAUAGAGUAAUCAAGUCCACUACAUACUUCACGAAGGUGCACCACCGUAGGAAGCAUGUCGACGUUCUUUACGGUACGGGC